UUACGGAGUACUGGCCGACCAUCGUUCCCCAAACACCAUACAAUCUUUUCCAACCACGCACACAAUGAAACCACCCACCCCCUUCCCCUUCUCCCUCAACAUCGGCACCGACAUUGUCCACCUCCCGCGAAUUGCCCGCCUCCUCGCCCGCCCCUCCUACCUCGCGCGCUUCACCCGCCGCAUCCUCCACGCCCGCGAACAAGAAGACUUCCGCGCCCGCUUCUCGCUCCCUGCUCUCGACUUCUCCUCCUCGCCCUCACCAAACCCCUCCAGCUCCAGCUCCAGCUCCAGCUCCAGCUCCAGCUCCGCCUCGUUCACAUCCAAAUCCACAUCCCCAUCCACACCUCUCCCCCCGAAACACAUCCCCACCCCCGUACCUAUAACCCCAGAAAUCACCCGCUGGCUCGCCGGCCGGUUCGCCGCCAAAGAGGCCGCGCGGAAAGCCGGUCCCGGGGGCGCCGCGCGCAUCGGAUGGAAGGAUGUAGUCGUGAGGGUCGGGGAGGUGGAUGAGGGGAGUGGGAGUGGAAGGCCGGAGGUGGUGUAUUUGGAUGAGCAUGGGGAUGGGGAUGGGCAGGUGGGGAAGUUGUCGAUUUCGCAUGAUGGGGAGUAUGUGGUUGCGAUGGUUGUUGCGGUGGGAUGAUUGUUGAUAUGGGGCUGGGCUGGGUAGGAUACUUGAUUCUGGCUGUGGGAUAUGGGAUAUGGGAUAUGGGAUAUGGGAUAGAGGAGGUAUACUGGGUGUUUGGGAGCAUCGCGGUGUGUGGGUUGGGAUUGAACUGGCUGGUUGGCUGGAUGGGGUGUAGCUAGCUAUUUUGUCUAGUUUUCAGGGUUUCGCAGUGAUAUUGUGUCUACACAGUGGUGAGGUUGGUGGUGAAGGCACUGGAUACCGAAGGUAUCUACAGAACUGCCGUGGAAAAGACAGACGUG